UCAUAUAUUUUGCAACUCGUGUAUAGUACGGAGUACCGAUGCGGUACUGGGAGAUGGCAAUACACGUGUGGAUUGCUUGUUAAAGUGCGGAUGUGAAUUUCCUUUGUCUGUACUUGAGCGAGUAUUACCGCCAACUAAAUACCGUAUCCUGCUUUGCAAGCGGCAAGAGGCGGAGGUAAUAGCCGCUAGAGUCGAAGGCUUAGUGUCAUGUCCAUUUUGUCAUUUUGCAUAUGUACCGCCACCGGAAGAUAAGAUUUUCAAAUGCCUUAAUUCGGAAUGUAUGAAAGAAUCUUGUCGAUUAUGCAAAGAAGUUAGUCACAUUCCUCUGAACUGCAACGAAAAAAAAACAGAGUCUGCACGUAAAUUCUUGGAAGAAAAAAUGACUGAAGCUCUGGUACGAAAAUGCUAUCGUUGCAGCCGAAUGUUUUUCAAGGAAGAAGGCUGUAACAAAAUGACUUGUGUAUGUGGUGCUCAGAUGUGUUACAUCUGCGACAAACCAGUAACUGAUUAUAAGCAUUUUCAAGGUCAAGGAGCAGAACGCUCGAAUCUUUGUCCGUUAUGGAGUGAUGAUCGUCGUAUGAAUGCCGAGUCUGUAAUCAAAGUUUGUAAGGAAACUGUAAAGCAGAUUAAAGAGAAAGAUCCUAAAAUCGAUAUAAAUGUUGAUGCACUUUUACCAAAGUUACCGCCUAAAAGCAGAGGACCUCAUGAUGAUAUUCCAAAUCCAGUGGUAUAUAUACAAUCUGCAUAUCCAAAUAAAUACGCAUUUAGGACUGCUUACACCAACGUCGCUUAA